AUGCUUUCCUCCGAAAAUGUAAAGACCUUUAAUUGGUGGAUUCCGUUCCCUCAUGGUACUCGCCACUAACACCCAAACCAAUGUACGAGUCACCUAAUGCGCACGUCUAUUGGGAUGUACCGGUUUACACUUAACCAUAUCUUUGUCAAGGCUAACAGAGUGGAUGCACUGGACAGUGGAGGUGAGUUGUCCGUAGGUGGAGAAUCGCGGAAAGAAAGAUGAUCAGAAGACAGCCAAGUUCGGUCCUCUGCGAUGGCAGCUGAAGAGGCAAUACCAGACGAACGAGCAUUGAUGUGCAAGGAGGUUGGUCAAAAGAACUUGAGCUGACUAUGAAGAAACUCGUCGGUGAAAGGGCAAAAGGUGUUCUGCAAGGAAUGCAAGAAACUACAACCUCGUCUCGCUAAACGUAGCACGUUCUUUCAAGGCAGCUGCUGUUAAUCUGUCGAAAUUUCGUAAGGACAUAUUAAGAUCGUGCUUCGAUGGGAUCUCACUGGUGACGUUUAAAGUGCUUUUUUUGGAUUAGUCUAGAUUUGAAAAGUGUAUUGAUAUAUUUCUUACUUGUAUUUUAAUAUCUUCACUACUAUCAAUGUUUAUAUUUAUCAUUUUGUAAAUUUUGCAUUAGUAAUAUUCUUUAACAAAGUUUGCUUUCGUGAGUAAUUUAACAAUAAUAAUAAUUAUCAGUAAAAUAAAAUCUAAAGAAGUGCAACGUUAUCCAUGUCUGGAAGGGCAAGCAAGUUGAAGAUGCAGCAAACCUCAAACUGGACGAGACAACUUUGGUUGAGAACCUUAAGACUGGCGUAAAGUUUGAGAAAACUUUGGUCGAAGACCUUAAGACUGGGGCCAAGUACAAAUUCCUGGGUGUGAGAGAGUCUGUGAUGUAAGACGACAAGCAAGCACUUACAGUUGUAGCAAAGACGCACUUGCAAAGGCUCUCAAUAACCUGGACAAGCCCUCUUUACGACAUUAUCUGUGUCAAGGCAACAAACCAGGUCACCUUGUCUGUCUUAAAGUAACCUGUGUGGACCCAACAUUGGCCACUGGGAGAGGUGCAAAGCACUGAUAAAGAGACAGGAAAGUUGAUAAGUGAGAAUGGUGGGACACACCCUCUUAGCUCCACUGCAGUGCUGUAUAUUCCAAGAGCUACGGGGGGUCGUGGACUACAGUCUGUAGAACGAGAGUACAAAUUAAUUAAGAUCAAAGCGACUAAGAAGCAGUAUGAGAAUCCAAACCCAAUGAUGAGAAGUGUGCGGAUAUUUGAAGAGAAAGUAUGCGAGAAGGGAUUCUCCUCACUUGAGAAAGACGCGCAUAAGGUUGCGGAGGAACUGGGGACUAGUCUGAAUUUGGCCACUCCCGAUCCAUCGUGUAGUUCACAACAGGCCCCCAAUAAGAGGAUCAGUAGAUAG